AUGCUAGAAAAGGAGAAAAUUGACACCACGCUGUCCGAGAAGGUCGUUCCAGCGCCACUCGGAACAGAUGCCGAGCGAGCACGGCGCAGUCUCAAUGCCAAACUCUCCAAUCCGUUGGCUGGGUUCAGCCAUACCGAACUGCGGAAUCAGGGGCGCACAUUUGCCGAGCUCCACGAGAUGGGCGAUGAAUCCGAUAUCCGCGCUUUCGAGUUGGGUGCUGUGCUGGCACAGUGUCCAGAACAAUAUGCCAAUGUGACUGGUUUAACAAACCAGGAGAAGGGAGUAUUGCGCCGGGAGUUCACGAAUCGCUGGUCACAGCCAUGGAAAAUGUAUGCUGUCAUUACACUGUGUUCUUUAUCCGCUACAGUUCAGGGAAUGGACCAAACGGUCGUCAACGGAGCCCAGAUAUUCUACAAACACCAAUUCGGCAUCGGCGACGAAUCCUCCCGGAGUGCCUGGCUCGUCGGUCUAGUAAACUCAGCACCAUACCUCUGCUGCGCCUUCAUCAGCUCCUGGCUGACAGUCCCAUUCAACCACUGGUUCGGGCGCCGCGGUACGAUAUUCAUAGCAUGCUGCUUAUCUGCAAUCACCUGUCUCUGGCAGGGGUUCGUCUCAACAUGGUGGGCGAUGUUCAUUGCGCGAUUCAUGCUAGGCUUCGGCAUCGGCCCCAAAUCAGCAACUGUGCCGAUAUACGCGGCCGAAACUGCACCACCGUCCAUCCGUGGUGCAUUGGUCAUGCAGUGGCAUAUGUGGACGGCGUUCGGGAUUAUGAUCGGCUAUGCGUCGGACCUCAUCUUCUACAAUGUCGACUCGACUGUUAUCGUCGGCUUGAAUUGGCGCUGUAUGAUGGCCUCGGCGAUGUUCCCGGCGCUGGUCGUUUGCUGUUUUGUCUUUGCUUGUCCUGAGUCGCCGCAUUGGUAUAUGCGCGAGAAGCAGUAUUACCGUGCUUAUAGGUCUAUCUGUGAGCUGCGGAAUCAUAAAAUUCAGGCAGCUCGUGACCUGUACUAUAUGCAUACCCUUCUGGAGGCUGAGGAUAGGAUGAAGCUUGGACGUAAUGAGCUGUUGGAACUGGUUAAAGUCCCGCGAAAUCGGCGAGCGAUGUUGGCGUCUCAGAUUGUCAUGUUCAUGCAGCAGUUUUGCGGUGUGAACGUUAUCUCAUACUAUUCUUCCGAGAUAUUUCUCGAGGCCAAAUUUUCUCCUGCAGCUGCCCUAGCCGCCUCACUAGGCUGGGGCCUAAUCAACUGGCUCUUAUCCAUACCGGCAAUUUACACCAUUGACACAUUCGGCCGACGCAAUCUCCUUCUACUCACCUUUCCACUCAUGUCCACGGCGCUGUUAUUUACAGGGUUCAGCUUCUGGAUCCCAGAAAGCAGCCACAAUGCACGUCUCGCCUGCAUCGCUCUAGGAACAUACCUUUUCGGCGUAGUCUACUCCCCCGGCGAGGGACCCGUGCCAUUCACAUACACAGCCGAAGUAUACCCGCUAUAUGUGCGGUCGUACGGCAUGGCGCUAGGCACAGCAACAAUGUGGUUUUGCAAUUUCAUCCUGGCCGUGACGUGGCCGUCGCUGCGCGCUGCGUUUACAAUACAGGGGGCUUUUGCUUGGCAUGCAAGCUGGUGUUUGGUUGGGUGGUGGAUGGUGCUUUUGUUUAUGCCUGAGACGAAGGGGAAGACGCUUGAGGAGUUGGAUCGGGUUUUUUCUGUGCCGACGAGGCUCCAUGCCCAGUAUGGCUUGAGGCAAAUUGGGCUUUUCGUACAACGGUAUUUGUUGAGGAGGGAUAUCAGACCGGAGGUUCUUUAUGAGAGGGAGGAGUUGGUCAAGGCUCAGGAUGUGGGAUUUAAUGCGUGA